AUGCCAUCUAUUAAAGCUGAAAAUAAAGGAACUACUCUUCAAGACAUCAAAAGUAAAGAAACUAGACUUUAUGAAAUGCCUAUACGUCCAUUAGCUUCAAAUAAAGCACAUAAACUUCGUUUGAAACAAAAACAUGACGGCAGUAAGCAAGAAAUUAUCACGAGUUCCGGUUUUAAUGAAAAAAAGUCAUAUCUACAAAGUACACCUGAUCUACGAGGGGGCAGUGACAAUUUAAGCAAUGAGAAUUUACUUAAAAAUAAUUCACAUUCUAAAAAACCGCAUCGAUUGCUUUCAUCAGCCGUAUCCAAAAUUAACUUACGUCGAUCGCGAUCAAAAUCAGAUAAAGGACAACGUAGCUAUUCUAAUCCACGACCUGAAAUUAGUGCGCCUAUACUUGCAACAGGUCAAAAAUCCACUACAAUCCAACAUGAUUUUAAUUCUCUGAAUCUCAUUAACAACAAUGAUGUUCACAAAGCUAGUCGCCCAACACCACCUCCACCUCCUCCUAUACCAGUACAAGAAAUCAAGCUGGACAAUUCUCAGACAGUAUCAGUCUCGGGUAAUGAUGAACUUGGAAUAUGGAUAGAAAAGCCAAUAAAACCUAUCAAACCCGAAGAUAAAACUAUAUUAAAUAGAUUGAUGGAGUGUGAUAGAAAGUCGAGUAACACCUGCUCAAUUUGUCAUAAACCGAUGUCGUUGAAUGAACGCUACGAUUUAGUAGAUCAAGUUAUACAUCGAAACUGUUUCAAAUGUUCCAUUUGCAACGAAACUCUAACUGAUAAAAGUGCAAUCUUUCAAAAUGGAAGUUGGUGUUGUGCAAUACACUUUCGAUAUAAUCUGGACAACAUUGAUAUACAAUUAAAAGGAACUGCUUUACAGAGAACUGAUUAAGUUCAUACAUUCUGUCAUUUUACUCUUCUUUUAUUCAGGAUAUUGAAGGCGAACUUUUAUUGAAACUGUUUAUUUCUUGUACCUGCUAAUUAAUUAUUCGUCAAUUUGUUUUUAAAAUACCAACAUUUAUCAAACUAACUUUGAUCCUCUACUUUCUGUAUUGAAUUGAAGUUUACUUGUUUUACUUUUAAAAGUUUUUUCUCAAAUAUUUCUAUUUUCUAUGUAAAUAACUACUGAAAAUUGAUAAUUACAACAGGAAUAAUAAGAAUAAACAGCAGCUAUCACUACACUGUUGUCUGGAGUUUACUGUGUGUUUUAAUAAUUUAAAAAAAUAUACUGCAUGCUUCUCUGUGCUUUAAGUGUGCAUGACCAACAACGUUUUCUUUGUUUGCUUUAAAACAAUUUUGUACAAGCUAUUGAAAAGUAAAAGAAAGGAAUGAGUUUCUUUUUAACUA